AGCCCGCAGCUGCGGCGAAUUGGCCGCAAUUUUCAGUGAAACGUCUUUUUUGUCGGUCUUUUAUUGGCAUUUGCUUUGGUGUUGUUGUUUCUCCUUUUUACUAUUUACCAGCUGCUCCUCAUUUCUUUACGCAGAGAACGUCAAAUAAACGAAACAUUAACGAUUAACAAAGCUCAAUCAGGAACUCCCGACCGUGUUGCCUUGCCCGGAAAAUGCAAUACCGGGGCCAUUCACUGUCAGUCUUGCCGUCAUUCUCGUAGCAAACUCGAUUUUCGGAUUUUGACAGCAAAGCUACAAGACGGAUAUGUUUUUUUUUUUUUAAUAAUUUUUCAUAUUUUCACAUAAGUAAAAUUUCUAUUUAUUAUUUAUAAACGUCUUUUUAACCGUACGGGAAAUAAAAUAAUAAAAAAAUUCCAUUACUAUUUGAUCGACAACAUUGGACAGUCAAAUAAAUUUUCUUGUGCAAAAUUGUUUGUAUGCCGUUGAACGAGAGCGAAAUUUUUAUAUGAAUUCGGUUCUUAGUAAAUGCAAAUUUUUAAUAUAUUUUAACUAUUGGCGGAAAUCGCCAAUAUCUUGCGCUUUGUGUACAAGUGGAGCGUUUUUCGGCGUGACCCUGGGAGGUGGCUGAUAAGCAUUCCUUAUCGAGAAUUAGUGUUGUAAAAAACUUUGCCGUGGAGUACCAGAAAUUAACUUGGAAUAAAGGGGCUUCCAGGAAGCUGAAGUGCCCAAAAGGUGUUGUGAAAGUUUUACUUCGUAAAAGUGGCAAAUACAGUGUUACCGUAAAAAAUUCACAUAAAGAGCCAGAAAUAACACCAAAUAAAAUACCAACAACACCGCCACAAGCCCCAACAGAAAAAUCAGAAGUUACAGAAGGCAUACCGAAAAUAUUGCCUAAAAUUGUUCCAGUCCGGCAAAAUACAUCUACAAUUCGGCUACAAAGAAAGCCGGAAGCUCGGCAAAUCGGGAAAAAAAUGGAAAAGAAGUCACAUAAAACAAUACGCAAUGGCAAUGUGAUAGUAAAUAGCGACGGAGGUGUCGCCGGCAGUGCAGUCACAUCUGCAAUAACGCUUAACACACCCACGCUAGUAGGUGGACAGAAACAGCACACUACAGGCGGUGGCGCUGCAUCCACUACCAUUGGAAAUGCCAGUGGUCUCAGUAGUGGCAGCAAGCAUCGCAGCAGCAACUCAAGCCAUCACUAUCACACCCACCGCGGACACGCUACUAGUCAUCACCAUCCUCACACACACAGUCAGAAACAGCAAACGCAAAUGCAUCACGCGCCGAGUCCAGCUCUAAUGCUUGCUGUCGGCAAAACGGUCAACGAAUCCAGCAAAAGCACGAAAGUUACGAGCACACAAGUCACCAAUGUAAUGGAACACGCCACUGCGAUGGUAACAACAGCCAGUCCCAAGUUAACAACGACGACGGCGAUGCGCAACAAAAACGAAGAGGCUAUCAACGACUUACGUCAACGCAUUCCUGAAAUCGAAAAUAUAUUCGAUGUACACAGUCGUAUUGGUAAUGGCACCUUUAGCACGGUGCUUUUAGGCACUUUAAAGAAGGAGCGUGAUUUACCCGAGCACAUGCGACGUAAAUUUGCAAUCAAACAUCACAUACCCACCAGUCAUCCAGAUAGGAUAAUGAAGGAGUUGCAGUGUAUGGCGAAAAUCGGUGGAACAGACAAUGUAGUCGGCAUCAACUGCUGCAUCCGCUACAACGAAUCGGUGGCCUUCAUCAUGCCAUAUAUGCAGCACGAUCGGUUUCACGACUUCUUCAACAAAAUGGAUCUAGCCGAACUGCAACACUAUAUGCGCAACCUGCUGAUCGCAUUGCGGCACGUGCACAAAUUCAAUGUUAUACAUCGCGACGUGAAGCCGAGCAACUUUCUUUAUAAUCGCCGUAAACGCCAAUUCCUGCUUGUGGACUUCGGCUUGGCGCAACAAGUGCCUACAGCGCACAUCCCGAGCGCACUGGAAACCGGUUGCGAACAGUCGAAUGCGGCAAACGCAUUAACAAUCGGCACGGAGGGUAAGCGACCACGCGAUGGGGACGAAACGACAUCCAGCAAGACGAUUGACGGUUCCAACGGCAGUGCGGCGCCUGGUGAUGCCUAUGGUGGUUCAAAACGUCCACGCUGCACCGGUCCACUAAGCGAACAAGAGUUGUCGGCUAAUACGACGCCAAAUGCGCGUGUCGCCAACAGCUGCAUUGUGGGUGGUUCGCCAUUUAAAAUGCCAUUAAAACAAUUGAAUGAGAUCACCGCCGCUGCUGGCAAUAAGUGUGGCGCCACAGGGUUGGCAGCUAGUACUGCUUUAGUCAACAACAAUACUAACCAAAAUAACAGCGGUGGCGGUAAUGGUAUUUGCGAGACACCGCUGGGUCGCCAGGUGAAGUCGGCCAUACUGGGUAGUUCGGCCAGCAAUCGCUUCCAGCAAAAGAUACGACAAAGCGCGGGUUGUGUGCGUAAUCCCAACAGCAUUGCUCCGGAAGGCGCCACUGGUUCUAAUGCAGCGCCACAGUGUACGGAUAUAUCCAGCAAGUACAAUACUAAUCGAAACCUCAGCACCGCCAACCGCCCAAAGUGCGUCUGCUAUGGCAAUCCACAAGUGUGCAACAUGUGUCUCGUCAAAAAGGAAAUGCAUGCGUCGCGUGCCGGCACGCCUGGCUAUCGGCCGCCCGAGGUGCUGCUCAAGUAUGCCGACCAAACCACAGCAGUGGACAUUUGGGCGGCAGGCGUAAUCUUUCUAUCUAUACUGUCGUCGGUAUAUCCAUUCUUCAAAGCCCCCAACGACUUUGUGGCGCUGGCGGAGAUGGUGACGAUAUUCGGUGACAAAACCAUACGUAAGACUGCCUUCAUACUCGACCGCCUCCUCACACUCAGCCAAAAGACUAAGCCCCUUGAUCUACGCAAGCUGUGCGUACGCUUUCGCAAUCGCGUUAAAUUCAGCUCGCCGGAUUUGCUGAAGAAAUAUCAACGCUCAGAUGGCACCUGUGAGGUAUGUCGCAACUGUGAUCAAUUCUACUUCAAUUGCCUAUGCACGGAAACCAAUUACAAUACCGAGCCGCUAGACGAUGAUGAUCCAUUCCCCGCCAGUGCCUACGAUCUACUGUACAAACUGCUUGAAGUCAACCCACUGGAACGCAUUACUGCCGAGGAGGCCCUCAAACAUCCCUUUUUCAGUGAGAUGUCCACAAGCGGCAGUGCCGCAAACAAUAAGAAUGACAACGGCAGCGCAAUCGCUUUAGAGACCACUCAGAAGAAGGGUCCGCGGGAUAAGGUAGAGCCUUGAAAUUUACGUAAACGUCGGUGCAAACGUAAAGGCAAAAAAAAAAAAGGAGAGAAACCAAAAGAAACGAGAUGUAUUGAAGAGCAAGUGUAAAAUGUAUAAUCGGUGAAAUUCGUUGUUAAUUGUUGGGAAUUUUUCCAAUUUUUGAGCUUGUGCACUUCCGGUAUCGGUUGAAUCUAAAAGCAGGUAGCUCAAAACGCCUUGUUAAAUCAUACGACGAUAAAAUCGAAUUGUGGAUUUAUUUAAAUUAGUAAUUUGUGGCAAACGCUUUGGACCAUUCUCUAAAUCGACAAAUGUCUGUAUAAAAUUUACAAAUGCGUUAGAAAAAAUUGUGUAUCAUAGUGUAGUAGCGUUUUUAUAUACAUAUAUAAAUAGUAUAGAAAUAUAUUUUUCAUGCCAAUGUGCAAUGAUUAUUGUAAAGAGCAAAUCAACCAGUUAUACCUCUCUAGUCCACAGCUAACGGAGCUUUGGGCGUUGGAUUUUCGAAAACAACCCAGUUAUCCAGUUAUAAAUGUAAAUUGUACGCUUUUUUACGUAAAAAAUUC